UUGUCGUUUCACCUUCAACAAAUAUCCAUCUUGCUCGGCUCACUCUUGCCUUACCCAAUACCCAUCUCCUCCAUCACUCCUUUUCUCACUCAUCGGAAAACCUUUGACCAAUUAAUCGACGAUCUAGCGUUUUUGAUUUCCCCAAUCUCAAUUCAGUAAACAUCAUUUUCUGUAAAUGUCAUCGGAAGAUCUGAUAGUAGUGGUUUGAAUUUGAAAAAGAAGAAGAUAUCGUGAUUCGUGAUUAUUGAAAUUUCACAAAAAUGGAUGGCGUUAAUCGAGCUCAAGGGUCGGUAAAUCCUGCUAUGGAUAUGCCUAUUAUGCACGAUAGUGAUCGUUAUGAUUUUGUCCGUGAUAUUGGUUCUGGAAACUUCGGUGUUGCUCGUUUGAUGCGCGAUAAAGUUACCCGCGAACUUGUUGCUGUUAAAUAUAUUGAACGUGGUGAUAAGAUUGAUGAAAAUGUUCAAAGAGAGAUCAUCAACCAUAGAUCACUGAGGCACCCAAAUAUUGUUAGGUUCAAAGAGGUCAUUUUAACACCUACACAUCUGGCAAUUGUGAUGGAGUAUGCAUCUGGAGGAGAGCUCUUUGAGCGCAUAUGUAAUGCAGGCCGAUUCAAUGAGGAUGAGGCUCGCUUCUUUUUUCAACAACUGAUUUCAGGAGUUAGCCAUUGUCAUGCUAUGCAAGUGUGUCAUCGAGACCUGAAGUUGGAGAAUACUUUACUGGAUGGAAGUCCAGCUCCCCGACUGAAAAUAUGUGAUUUUGGCUACUCAAAGUCGUCUGUGUAUCAUUCACAACCCAAAUCUACAGUGGGGACCCCGGCUUACAUUGCUCCAGAAGUCUUACUAAGAAAAGAGUAUGAUGGAAAGAUAGCAGAUGUGUGGUCAUGUGGUGUGACAUUGUAUGUAAUGUUAAUCGGUUCAUAUCCUUUCGAGGACCCUGAGGAGCCAAAAGACUUCAGGAAGAUGAUUCAGAGGAUAUUGAGUGUUCAGUAUACGAUUCCUGAAAAUAUAAAUUUAUCACCGGAGUGCCGCCACCUUAUCUCCCGGAUCUUUGUUCCCGACCCCGAAUCGAGGAUUACGAUUCCUGAGAUCAAGAAGCACGAGUGGUUCAUCAAAAACUUCCCCACCGAUCUAAUGGAUGAGAAUACAAUGGGAAGCCAAUUUCAAGAACCAGAACAACCCAUGCAAAGCAUUGAUACCAUAAUGCAAAUUAUCUCAGAGGCCACCAUCCCUGCUGCUGGAUCUGCAGCUCUGAAUCACUUCCUCUCUGAUUCUCUCGACAUGGAUGAAGAUAUUGACGACUUGUCAGAUUCCGAGAUUGAUAUAGAUAGUAGUGGCGAGAUUGUUUAUGCAAUGUGAUGGAUUCUCUACAGUUUGCAUCUCGGUAUGAUGGAGUUCUCAAGUUAUCCGAUCCUUUUAACCAUUACAGGUGUUUUGGUGGUUGCUCGGUUAACUUAUUGAAAUGGUUUUAGCAAUCUCUCGUUGUAGUUCAUACAUUUAGUAAUAGGGAAAAAGAAAAAUUUUAAAACAAAAGACACCGGUGAGGAGAGUCGAGGCCGAGGUUGCUGGGGGAUUGCACCCCAAUAUACAGUGUUAGGAUUUCGAGUUCUCCGCUCGUCCUUUUAGGGUUGUAAUAUAUGUAUGUUUCAUCGUUUAUGCACUGUCAAAAUUGUUGAAGCUUCUUGUUUCUUCUAUAACAAUGGAUACUAUUAAGUUGUCA